GGAGAGGGGUGGAGGGGUGGAGGAGGCGGCUCUGGGCUCAAUUUGUCUGCCUACUGAAACGCUGCAAGAGGAUUUUUCAUCAUUUAAAAGCACCAAGAGAGAGAGAGAGAGAGAGAGAGAGAGAGAGGUGCAGUUGAGAGAGACAGCCUCUUAGAGCUGUGAGGCAGAAGUGAUGGAUUCAGCCCACAGAAAAGUGACAGUCUUCUCCUAACGGGCCACAGGCAAGUACACACAGACCUGCCCCGGGCUCUCACCAUUCAUCAGGAAAAAAACCACCGUCCAAUCAAAGUUGUCUCUUCAGACUGUUCCAACUUUUUCCAAGUGGAUUUUUUUUUUUUUUUUUGGAACAAUCCACUCUAAUGUUUGCUGAAGAGUUUAAAGCUUCUGUUGGGCUAAUGACGGUCUUUUAAUAACAGGCUUUAAAAACACGUCCCCACUGCUGCUGCUGCUGGAAUGGACUAAAAGGUGACGGACAGUGAGUAACUAGACGGGCAGGAGGAGGACGCAGAGGUGGCAGCUUUCACACUUGGGAUGACUUUCCACCAGGAGAAACUUCAAUCAGCUUUGCCAGGAGGGCAAGGCAACUGAGGGAGCCUCAUCAAUACUCUGCAAUUAUCUCGCUUUGGUGUGUUGGACACAAACUCAUGGAGCCACCUUCAAUGGUCCUGCUGGGGCUCCUUCUUGUUUUUGGACUAGCCUGUGGUGUCCAGCAGACUCAAGGGAGUCAGUCGGACAGCAGCCAUGGCAGGGACAGGACCCAAGAAUUCGAGAGCAGCGACGACGGUCUUGAGAGAGAGUUUCUCUAUGCUGGACGGAGCAAACGUGCUCCAGCUGACCCGCCACAGGACAAAUGUUCCUACACUUUUAUCGUGCCUCAACAAAAAGUGACUGGAGCCAUCUGUGUAAACUCCAAGGAGCCGGAGGCCAUGCUGGAGAACCGGGUCAACAAACAGGAGUUAGAGCUGCUAAACGUGGAGCUACAGAAACAGAAGAGGCAGAUCGAGACCCUGCAGCAAUUGGUAGAGGUGGAUGGAGGUAUUGUCAAUGAGGUCAAGCUUCUGAGGAAGGAGAGCCGAAACAUGAACUCCAGAGUCACUCAGCUGUACAUGCAGCUGCUCCACGAGAUCAUCAGGAAAAGAGACAAUGCCCUGGAAUUGGCUCAGAUGGAGAACAAGAUCCUGAACCAGACCUCUGAGAUGCAACAGCUCACCAGUCGAUACAAAGAUCUCGAGCACAAGUACCUGCACUUGGCUUCUUUGGCCACAAACCAGUCAACUCUUAUCGCCCUGUUGGAGGAGCAGUGUCAAAGUCGCCCUCCACCUCGUCACAUGCCCGUCCCACAGCCACAGCCGCGGCCUCAGCCACCGCCACAAGCGCCACCUCUCAACAGGCCUUAUCAGCCGCCCGUCCUUCCACGAAUCAACAACCCGAUCAGCAACGAGAUCCAGAGUGACCAGAAGUCUCCUGUUCUUCCAACGAUGCCCACCGGCACACACAGCCCAUCCACCACCGACAAGCCCUCUGGUCCAUUUAAGGACUGCCUGCAGGCUCUGGAAGACGGCCACACUAACAGCGGCAUGUACCUGGUGAAGCCAGAGAAUGCCAACCGGCUCAUGCAGGUGUGGUGCGACCAGAGACACGAUCCAGGCGGCUGGACCGUGAUCCAGAGGAGGGUGGACGGCUCUGUCAACUUCUUCAGGAACUGGGAAACGUACAAGCAAGGCUUUGGCAAUAUUGAUGGCGAGUACUGGCUGGGUCUGGAGAACAUCUACUGGCUGACCAACCAGGCAAACUACAAACUGCUGGUCACGCUGGAGGACUGGUCGGGCAGGAAGGUGUUUGCAGAGUACGCCAGCUUCAGGGUGGAGCCUGAGGCCGACUUCUACAAGCUGAGGGUGGGACGUUAUCAUGGCAACGCCGGGGACUCCCUCACCUGGCACAACGGCAAACAGUUCACAACACUGGACAGAGACCAUGAUGCAUAUACAGGCAACUGUGCUCACUACCAGAAGGGAGGCUGGUGGUACAACUCCUGCGCCCACUCAAACUUGAACGGAGUUUGGUACAGAGGAGGACACUACCGCAGCCGCUACCAGGAUGGAGUCUACUGGGCUGAGUUCAGAGGAGGAGCCUACUCGCUAAAGAAAGUGGUCAUGAUGAUCCGUCCAAACCCAAACACCUUCCACUAAACGUCCAAGAAGGAUAUGUUCCUUCUACUGUACUGUAUCUCUCACUUGACAUCUCCUUACAUCUCCUUGCAAUCUUCUUUGUUUGAGAGGCAUCAGACAAGACAAAAGAUGAUGUUGAAAGAUGCAACAUCAGGCCGAGAUAAUGGUACGUCCUGACAACUCAAAGAAUUAUUAAGAGUUAUUCAGUCGUCUCUAACAUUUCCCCUUUUUACAUAUCACUCAUAGCUCAGGAGUUGUUUUAAAUACGUCAUCUUUGAUUAAAUCCUGUUGAGUCGACAGUGCUCUUAUUUAAAGUCUGUGUAAAGGCAAUUCUGAGAUUUCUUUCAAAACACAUUAAAUACGUUGGAAAAUAGUUACUGAAAACACGUGA